UUCAUGUAUUUUAAGCGGUUUUUAGUUGUUACUUGUCGCGCGGCUAUAGGUAUAAAACACGUUCAAUUUUUAAUUUUUUUUCGUUAACUGGUUUUACUAGAGGUAGUAGUAGUAUUUAAAGACAAAAGUUCAAAACUAACUUACUGGCAAAAUGGCUCAAGGAAUGGUUUUUGAAGAUAUAUUUAAUGUAAAAGACAUAGAUCCAAAUGGCAAACAAUUUGAUCGAGUGAGCCGUUUGCACUGCGAGAGCGAAUCUUUCAAGAUGGAACUGAUCUUAGAUAUCAACUCAUGGAUUUAUCCUAUGGAUUUGGGUGAUAAAUUCAGACUAGUGUUAGCCACCACAUUACGCGAGGAUGGACAGCCUGACGCUGGCGAUUGGAAUCCCAUAGAAAUGGACCAAAACGGCUGUCGGGCCGACAGUUUCGAGUACGUCAUGUAUGGCAAGAUCUAUCGGAUCGAAGGCGACGACAAGGUGAAGGAGUCGCACAAAAACAAACUUGCCGCCUACGUAUCAUUUGGAGGAUUAUUGAUGCGACUGCUGGGCGAUCCAAACAAUUUACACGGAUUCGAAGUGGACCAAUGCGUUUACCUGCUGAUGAAAAAAUUAGCUUUUUAAAGUUAUCUACAGUUAAGAAGGGGGGCUAUAAUUAUUUUGCUGGAGAUAAAUUAUAUACAUUUUCAUACAAUUAAAAUAUAAGCAUUAUAAAUGUA